AUGACCAGUAAAUAUAAUCCAGUGUCUGUUGUGCAUCACCAUCAAACAACAUCUUCACGGAUAACUCCCUCUACAAAUACACCUGUAGAGCAACAUCAAUCAUCUAUUUCCCAAAACUCUCAUAAAGCUUUCAAUUCCCCAAUAAUGAUGACCACUGGUACCCCAAAGCCAGCCAACCACAAUACUCGUGUUCAAACAGCGACGAACAGCACAUCUUCAUCAACCCAACAACAGUAUUCAGAUUUCAAACAAGUGCUCACUCCAAUCAAAACACAAACAAGACUCCAGCAGCACAAUAGCAACAAGAUAAAUCAACUAAGAAACACAACCUCUACACCAAUCCAUAUGGACCAAACUUUUAGCAUCUCUUCACCAAGAAAAACUCUCGAAAAACAACACGCCACUCCCAAGGCUCAUACCCAACCACAAUCAACAAAAUCGGCCAUUGUAAAUGGAUUGGAUCUGUUUCUAAACAUCAAUAAUAAGGAGAAUGUCUCUCCAUCUACUCACAAUCUGUCUUCCACUUUUCCAUCCAAAACAAGCUCUUUACCUCAUAUUUCGUCAGCACCAACUCUAGAUUCUAAGCAUGUGCACCAACAAUUGACUUUUCAAGCUGAAAAUGAAACUAAAAACAUUGAAUCCUUAAUUUUACGCCUUCUCUCUCUUGAAAACCCAGUUGUAAAUAAGAAAAUGACUAAUGUAUUCAGUGCAAGUGAUGACAAUUUCAUUAAGCUCUUAAAGGUUGUAACAGACCCUCUUUCAAUCGGGAUAGCGAAAAAAGACACAUUGAUGAUGGGAGAAAAGCUUGUUCACAUCAUAUUUACAUCUUCAGGUCCUUUUGAAGAGCUAAUUUGUAUGAACCUUACUAUCACCCUGAAGGAGCUUUGCAAGUCGUUUGGCUCUGGACAUUACUUUCACGACGAGUUGGUUGUAAAGCUUAUCAAACAGCUUUACGUUAUGUACAGAACUCGAGUUUUCACAAAUAUUCAGUCCAACAACCUUUUCCCCUUUAUUUCUUCCAACACUGGCUUGGUGUUGUAUCUGCUAACUGAAGCUGUUUCCGUCUCUACAAGGAUUGAGGAUGACAGGCUCAAAUUUGUUGAGUACUUUUGCGCACAAAGUUCAUACUGGAAGCUUACUGAAACUAGUUAUUUUGUAGAAAUUUGGCAGUUAGCUAUUAGAUUACUACAAGACCACAAUUUUGGAUUGAUGUUCCAAAAACUUCAAGAGUCAUUAUUUUCAAAAGUAAUCGAUCAAUGGUUGGAUGUUGUAAAAAAACGAGAGUCUUAUGAACAAGCUGUAGAAUAUCUUCAGUUACUCAACAAUUUAGUUAGAGAAACAAGUAAUUCGGCAUUGGAUACUGUGACAAAUUUUCAUUUCAAGCUUUUGAAAACUCUUCUCGAAAAACGGUUCACUUUUUUGACUUUUCUUCUUGUUGAUGACUACAACAUGCGAACUUAUCAAUAUGGGGUUCAAUUUUCAGCUUAUUCUGUUAAAAGCAGGUUUACUGCUCUGAGAUUAGAACUGGUUUAUUUAAUUACGUUUGUCGUUCACUUUUCAUAUUUGGAUUGUAUUGAGAAAUCCGUAUUCCAAUUGUAUCCAUUUGAAACCAACCAAAUGAUUUCCAUUUUAACUGAAUACUUUUUUACUUAUAACCAUUGCAACGUUUUCCACAACAUUUACUGUAUUCUAUUCAUGGAAGUGAUUUUUAGAAAUGAAGGAUCAGUUAUCAGACACUUUUUGGAAUGCUUCUUCCACAAAGCUUUACAAUUAUUUGAAAACAAACACAAAGUAGAUCAGUGGGGACACACUCUUCAAUUGCUCAACAUGAUUAGAUUAAGCUCAAAGUGCUCAAGCAAAGACAUGGAAAUUAACAAAUUCUUAUUUCAGCAGCACUUGAGCGAAUGGACUAAAUUCGAAGAAAUUAUCGUUCAACAAACUUUAUUAAUGGAAGGCCUCAAGUCAAGCUCAGAGAUUGAUAUCGGAAGCACUUUUGCUGAACGUUUUGGAUUCAUGGAGUGUGAUCGAUUGCUCUGA